UGCAAAAGGCAAAUGGCGGUAGAAUAAAAGCUUUGUGGGGACACAUUCGGUUUAUGGAUUCAAAGGCUUUUUAAGUAGCCGAAAUGGCAACAAGCAAAAAAAAGAAAAAAGGAUUGAAAACAGCUCCUUUCGAUACUUACAUUAACAUAUCUUGCACGGGAGAAAAGUUCUUGCUAAAGAAUGUCCACGCCGAAAUGAAGAUUCGCGAACUCAAAUGUUACGCCGAACUUGUCGUUGGAAUUCCUUACAAUUUACAGCGGUUACAGUACCUCGAUGAGGGAGAUAUGCUGGACGAUUCCGAUUUAAGACAUAACGAUGUUGUGGCUGGCGCAACGAUUAAUUUAAAGCUCUGGAGAUCGUGGGAUAACUUAGUAGCUGCUGUCUGUCGAGGCACCAUAGAUCAAGUGCUCAAGGAAGGAGUUGCGCUGGAGAAAGCUUGGGAAUCUUUAGACCCGACGAUUUACAGAAACAAAGUCUCCAUCGCUAAGGACAGAGCUUCGGUAGCUCUUUUUAUCGCUGCACAUCGCGGUCGUAUUAAUUUAAUAAGAAGUUUAAUAGACAACACCGAAGCUGAUGUGAACAUGAAAAGCCCAUUUGGUCGAACGCCACUGCACGCAGCUUCUUCGCAAGGGCAUUCGAACGCAAUAGAUCUGAUGUUAGAAAAGGGCGCAUCCAUGGACGAAAUAGACGUACAAGGCAAAUCAGCUUUGAUGGUGGCGAGUCAAUGGGGUUUUAAAGACAGCGAAAGGCAUUUAUUUCUGUUCCAGUGGCAAACAAGAGCUGCUAAAACAAAGCCCAAGAGAAGGAGCAAGUCGUUGAUGAUGCAUCAACAAUUUGAUUCGGCUUAUCCUACAUGGUUAAAAGGAAAAUACGCACAGGUUUACUUUUGUCAAACACUCCCCCCGGGAGAAUUUGCUGGUACGGGAAUCAGUGCCCCAAGGAGGAGGGCAGUGGAGCCCGGAAACCAGUUACAGUACGAGGAAUCUUUUCUUGAACAGUCUUCUGACGAGUUACCUCCCAUUAGUGGAGCGGUAGAUUAUGAUGGUAAGUUCUUUUCGCACCAUGUAAGGGAAUCUGCAUCCUUGAAGACCCAAGGGAAGUCAGUGAGUUGAAAGUUUUCGCCUGUUCUUGAAAACUUCCAUCGUGCCUCUUCUCCCGACCUGAGUGACUGACCCUUGGUCUCCGAGGAUAGGGAAUCUAGGAAAUGUUUGCGAGUCAAAUCUGGUAUCCGAGACAUUUUUGCUUGUGGAAUCCAGAGUUCUGGGCAUUAGAAUCCCAAGGAUACGGCUCAAAGAAUCUGGAUCCCACUAACUGGAUUGAAAUCUCGAAUCCAACUUCCACUGACAAAGAAUCUGUCAUCCAGCACCUGGAAUCUACAAUCCACAGGGUGGAAUCCAGAAUCCAAGACUGUCCUGGAUUCCCUUUAAUACAUGACCGGGCAAUUCUUUGGUGGGUGCUCAGAAUGUUGACUGUUCAGAUAACCAACUUGUAUUCUUGAAAACAAGUAGGAUAUGAGAACAGUCAACUCUCUUGCACCAAAACAGACACAAUUAGGGCCUGCAACAAGUGUCUGUCUUAGAGUGAUGUCAGUCAUACAGAGAGUCAAAUAUAUAGGAGUAAGGAAAGGAAGGGACUGGCCCUAGGUCACUGUCUGAUUUACUGAGGUGUCUGUUUAGAGAAAUGACUUUACUCUGAAAAAAACUCACUCAAGAUAGGACUCAAGAUCAAACUUGGUCAUUCAAGUUUUAUCCCUCCCCCCUUCUUACGGAUCAAGGGCAUAAUUCCAACAGGUUUUGAGUACUUCUGCUCCCCCCCCCAUUCCCCCCUUCCUCCCAAUUGCGGCACCCUCAUAUAGGCAAAUCUAGAUCUUUAGGGAUAAAUAAUAGAGAUUCUGACAGGAGCUGUACAGCGUACUUGGAAUCUAAGUCAACUUCACUACUUAUUAACUUACUUACUUACUUACUUGAGCUGGUAAUCAUCUCGAGCCCUCCUGACAAAAUAUUUCCACAAUGCCUGAUUGAGCAUGGCAUCUCUCAUUUCUCUAGUUCUCUCCAGUCCAGUGUCAGCCUUGGUGGUAUAGAUGCACAUAGUUGGUGGUGAUGAAUGGUCAAUGAAAAUUUUUAACUGCUCGCAAAAUUUUACCUUUGCUCAAUUUGCUCGCAAAAUUUAAACGAGUGCUCGCUUGCUCGUGCUCCCAAAAUUUUUGCAGUUGCUCGCAAACUCGCUUUCUUGUCACUAUUGCUCGAAGUUUUAUAAAUCCUUCUUUGGGUUAAAGUAAAUGUAAUUCUGUAUGGUGCUUAAUUCCUAUAAAUAUGGCUAUGAAGUUCAGUGGAAAUGCGCACGAUAAAUGACAACGAUAAAUAAUAAAUUAGCUAAUCUAGCUUAUAUGGUUAUAUAUGGUUGUUCUUCUUGUGACCUUUGCUUUCUGAUCCGUACAAACACGUGCGUGAUGAAGUGAAGCGAAAAUGUGACGUCAUCUGGCAUCAAACGCAACUGUAAUUGGUUAGAUCUCGAUAAGGUGUCACUCAAACUAGUUUCAAAGAACUUGAUACGCUCUAAAUUAAAACCCUGUUUAAAAAUCGAUUAUUUUCUGUUUUAUUUUAAAGAAAAGGAUUUCCAUAUGGAUUGCUGCAAGCAGAAAAUAUAAGAAGUGCUCGGUGCUUGCAAGUUGUACUCUCUAAACUGCUCGCUGCUCACAAAGCAAUUUUUUUAUCUCUGCUCAUGCUCGCAAAAAAAUCGCAGUGCUCGGCAUGCAAAGACCACUCGUCACCCGUAUAGUUGACUUGCUCCACCUUGGUUUGGGUGACCAUAUGGGGGUCAAUUCAAUCCCAAGCUGGCAAAAUAGUGAUGCUCAUUCCCUCUAUAUGAGCUGAAAUUCAAGAUUCUGACAGGGUCUUAAUACAGAACCUACUAACAAAAUUAAUGGCUUUCAUCGGGUAAGGAGGAAGGGGUGGUUGGGUUGCAGACAUAAAUUCAACCAUUGCACCAAAGUGGGUGAUUAUGUCUAACCACAAGUGAACGAUGGGUCAAGAUGCUGAUUAGGAAAGACUUUCAGGAAGACGGGUCACAACCAUUCUAUUGAUUAAUUGAAUAUCCAAUUCUAUGUCCCCAUAUUGACCAUGAAAGGCAGUUGUACUUUCACCCCUACUCCAGGCCCAUGGUGAACACUGAGAAAAAAUGCAAUGUUUCUACAAGCCCUUAUUAAAAUUUUCAAAAAAUGCAAAAUAAUAAAAGUAUGAAAUAAAAAAAUAAAUGAACAAGAAAGAAAACCCUUAAAUUUAAGUCUAUGAGUAUUCAGUUACAGAUAAACUUAGUUAAGAAAUGUCUAUUUUUUUCCUUUGGAUAACCAAUUGACUGGACAUGGAUCCCUCUUUUCAUUCCAACCAAUGACUUUUAAAAUUCUGCCUUAUUUCCUUAUUUCCCCCUUAGUUACAAGAUACAGCAUGGGCGGGUCAGUGCGACCAGUGCUUCCACAGAUUAGGCCAUCAAAGGAAAGACUGGCAAGCAGGUACAGUGACCAAAAAUUAUAAGUAACAGAUGUUAAGAGCUAAUUUUGAACAACUGUUCUAUAUUUGCCUCUUGUCAAGCCACUAACCUGUGAUCAGCCUUUUGUUAUUAUUAUUAUUAUUAUUAUUAUUAUUAUUAUUAUUUAUUUUUGAGAAGAGAGGGAAAAAGAAAGCCUUCCUUCCCAUGAAGGAAAUAUAAAGACGUAGGGAGAGUGAUUUCAGGCUAUCAAACUACAUGGCUUGCUCUGUCUACCAGAUUCUUGAGAAAUGGAAGACACUUUUAUCAGUCUUACGAAAAGGGUGAACGUUAAAGUUUUUCAGAGUGACAAUUUUUUCUUCACAAGGCCUUUUAGCCUCCAAAGAACCCCUGUAGUAGGACUGAAACAACUUGCACUACUCUUAGGCUAUAAACCUUGCUUAACUAUGACUGUCAUUGGGUACAACUACAGGGCUCAAUGUACCAAUUAAACACUUGCUUCCCAGGUAAAAAUUGCUUAAAGAGAAGUAUUUAAGGUUUGCUGGCACCAAUCUCACCAUAACAACAAAGUUGUCAUUAAGAGCCGGGGGCUGGGGAUUUUCCCCUGCUACUAUGAAUGUGGCCCUUAAUUCUAGAACACAAUAAUUUUCAGUAAUUGGGUUAUCCAAUAAAGUCCUUAUAGCCAUCAUCAUUAUUAUUAUUAUUGGAAAAUAAAAGAAAAAUAGAACUAAAAGAAAUCCCAAAACAAUGAAAAUAAAUGAAGGGCAGCUGUAUAUACUCACUAUGAGUGUAGCAGCUUUUAAUAAUGUUCCUGCAGUGUCACCAAGUUAGAAUACAGUGAAACCUGUAUUAAGCAGACACUGCAUAAAGCGGACACCCCCUGUUAAGUGGACAGUAGCCGAAGUCCCCAAAUUUAUUUCCCUAAUAUUUACUUUAAAUGAAACCUUUAUCAAGCAGACACCAGCUCUGUCAAGCAGAUGCGGACACCUAAAAAGUACCUGAAAUGGUCAUUUCUAUUUCUGCCAACCUGUAUUAAAUUCCACCACCCAACAUGCCAGACACUGGAAAUGCGAAAGAUUGCGUCAAAUUGCCACCCACAAAUUUUUCGAUUUUUACAUUAAAACACGUGACUUGACAAACUUAUUUGAUUAGUAUCACAGUACAGUCUUGUUUUCUAUUUCAUUUUGCUUGCAUAGAUGAUUUCUUCAAAUUUGAGUUGCAAUCCAUGUUUAUGGUACUAUGAUCAAUUGGUCCACUUUGAUCAAGAAAUUAAUGCAAACGUAUAUCGUCAUAGUCUCUGGGAGUAUUCUAAACGUUUCCACUGUUCAUUUGAAUGGCAUUUGACACCUCAUACAUGUUAUCUAUUAAAACCUGUAUUAGGCAGACACCCUGUAUUUUAAAGCGGACACUACAGCAUUCCCCAGUGUGUCUGCUUAAUACAGGUUUCACUGUAUUCUAUUUACUUUUGUUGAACAGUUAGUGCAUGAAGGGAUGGGGAAUCAUUAAUGUGUAUUUAUCUAUUGUACAAAGCACUUUUAAAAAUGAAAUGUAACCUAAGAACAAAGCUUAAUGAUGCUUAUAUGGGUAUCUCAUUUCUCUUUUUCAGUAAAUCUCAUGGGAGUUCGAAGUCUGCAACCUUUGAUGAGUGGUUGGUAGAAAAGAAAUCAAAGAAACACCAAAAACAACAAAAAGAAAAGGAAGAGAAACUGAGAAAGCAAAUAGAACAGGAAAACAAGAGAUUAGCUAGGAUAGAGGGGCAAAAGAGCUUUGAGGACUGGAAAAAUUCCAAAUCAAAACAAAAACUUGACUUGUCUGCCUUGGAAAAGAAAAGAGACGAUAUCAUUCGAGAAGAGCCUGGAAGGCAUUAUAGUUUGAGUUUUGAACGGUGGUUGAGUAGAAAUCACGGUACUUUAGAUCUUUAUUAUUAAAUUGUUCAGCCUGCCAACAUGCUGUAUGUCAAAGACAUUAAAAUUUUGUAAGUA